CAACGAAAGCGAAAUGGCGACUGCGACGUGAGGCAGUCAGGCGUGUGUGCUGCCUGCGUGCGCCGCUAAUCUGCGUACCGCCGCCCGUGUACGGAUACCCGCUGUCGUGCAUCUCGCCGUGCGCGCCGCCUAGACGGAUUUCGCUCAUCCAACAAGUGGCGCUCUCCUCGAUAUUCUGGUUUCCCGUGGUGGCAGAACACCAGUGGCGGCUACGUUGCAAGUCCGAGUGGUCGAUUUGAGGACACUGUUCGUGGCGGUCUGUCCUGGCCACGUAAUCGGCCACUGCUGCGCUAUCGGGGGCAUCGCGUAGUGAAGCCGAGCCCAGCUGGACCAUGCUGAGCACAACGGGAUGGUUCGACGCGUUCCGCGAGAACGGCGGACCGACGCUGUACACGAGCGACAACCGGACCGCGGUGAGCGCCGACCGCGCCGAAGUGCUCGUGUACCUGGCCUUCUUCACGCUGCUUGCGGCAUUCCUCGCCAUUGUGCCGGGAAUACGCAAGGAGCGCGCCGUCACCGUCGUCACCGUGGUGUUCAGCCUCUUCGUGGGCGCUUCCAUACUGAUCAGCGUGCACGGAUCACGCUGGCACGUCGGCCAGGGCCGGACGCACACCUACUACCGGUCCUUCUCGACGGAACGGCUUCCUGCGGUGCUGGGCGUACACGUCGGUCUGUACUCGGUGAACGUGACGUACGUGGUCGAAGCCGGAAGUAACGGCAGUGCCGACAUUCGCUUCAACGAAGAGUUCGCGUGGCCCAAGCCAACUUCGCUGCGCAAGGAGUACCACGAGGCGCUUGUCAAAGGCCUGCCUUUCCCCAUCCUCACGGUGUUGGACUACCUGAGUCAGCCAUCGUACUGGACGCAGGACGCCGGCGGCUUCCAGUGGGGGCGCAUGUACCGGCGCGCGGGCGACUGGACGCAGCUGUUCCUGUGGGCCGCGUUCGCCGCGUGGCUGCUCGCCGACGUGCUGCUGUGCGCCGUGCCCCGCUACGGCGCCUACUGCACGCAGCUCGCCGGCGCCCUCAUGGUGCUCUCGGCCGUCGUGUACGGGAGCCUGCUGCCGGACAUGCCGCUCGUCAUUCCGCUCGAGGGACACUUCCUGCGACUGUCGCUCGGAUGGAACUACUGGCUGGUGCUGGUCGUCGGUAUCAUGGCAAUCAUUUUUGGAGGGUCCAUGGCCGUGGUAGACGUCCUUUACCCGAGCAAGUUCCCUACAAUCUUGGAGGUGGACUACGACACGCCUUACCGCUACUUCGUCGCGCAAGGCAACCAAAGCAGUCGUAACACGAGCGCCGCUAACAGCACGGCGAACACGCCCGUGCCAUUACCAAAGUACCAAAAGAUGGGACACAGCGAUGAUUACAGCGGACCUUCUUCGAGUGGCCUGAACCAACUUGGAAGCGAAGAUGGCGACUCCAUCACGCACAUAAUCGAUGACACAGAGGAUGGCAUUGACAACGCCGCCUUCGAGCAGGAGAGCGACGACGGCUGUGUCAUCGUAGAUGGCAAGCGCGCUGUGACGCUCCAGGACUUCGGCAAGUUCGCCGACUCCAACCGGGCUCAAAGCCCCGCAGGAUCCCGGGCCGGUUCUGUGGCAGCUAAGAGACGCGUUCUCGGCUCUAGCAUCGGAUUCAACGUGAAGGACGUCACCAUCGACAUGCACAGUGACUCGUCCAAGUGGUGACAUCUUUUGCUGCACGAGGAUCGGUGUUUCAGGAACUGUGUCGUUGGGGCGCAGCACACGAGAUAAGUCGCCCGCCACAUGUGCAGUGUGCGUAGGUGCUGCCUAGUCGAACAACGCUGCGAACAUGCGAAUGAUUUUGUGCGCGAUCGCGCCACAAGGUGCGAGUAGAUUUGGGGCUUUUGUUGUGCCUCGAAGCAAAGCUUUAUUUCUGCGUGCUGCGUUGCCGAGAUAUCUCUUCCGGUACGUUUUACGUGGACAAGAGAAAGACUAGAGAAAUAGUUCGCUUCGUUUCUUGGCGAAAUGAAAUGAGUCACUUAGGACAUUCAAUAGUCUGAAACAAUUCUUGCAUGGUGUGACUUAAUAUUGAACAUCGGCGUGUCUGUUCGAUCCUAUAUAGCAAGCGCGUAGAGUUAUGAUCACUUGAAUUGCCGGCGACCAUCAAGCUUCUUUCUUCUUUUCUUCAGAUGCCGAAAGUAUAAUAGCUCAUCCUGAGAAUAAUCACCCUAUCAAAAGUGCCAUUUUCCCCCAAAAGCUUCAUAUGAUUUAAAACAUUGUUGUAGAGGCGUAAGUACCCGCUUAAAGCAAUUGCUGUAAAUGAGGCCACAUGCCAAGAAUGGAACAUUCGCCGUUCUUGAGUGUCUUAAAUGUUCAAGUAUGACAGGCGCUGACUGCCUUUGAGAAUGAAAACCUGGGAAUUCAGCUACAGUUUAGCUAGCUUCCAGUUCAUCGGUUGCUCACAGUUGUUUGGGCAGCAGUGAUAAACUAUACUGCCUUGAGUACAAGGUACUAUAAGGUACGUUUUAGUGCCAAACGCUCUUGCUGAAAGGUGCAUUUAGCACCUUUGUGCUAAAUGAUCACAAAUGAUCAAUGUUUGAUUUGAAAUGGAAAUAUUUAGACAACUCAAAAGAAAGUUGACUAAACUAUUGUAUGAGAUCUUUGUCAUUCUUUGGAAGAUCACUGCGUGAACCCUAGCGUGGACUUCAUACAUUUACUUUCCAUGCAAAGCGGCUUUCUAGACACAAGUUAUGAGGCCAUAUCCGCCAAAAAUUGUACAAGUGUCCGGAAAAUCGCGCGUCUUUCUUGCAGGUGAAUGCUAACGGCACUUGCUAACGGGCAUAUAUCAUUUGUCAUUUUAUGCAUAUGCUAACGGGCAUAUGUAUAAAAUGACAAGUUUGCAAUGGAGCAGCUCAAAACGAUCACUUCUUAGAUUUAACAAGUUGAAAGGCUCUUUAUUAUUUUGGAUGUGAAGCUUGCGGAUAGGUUGGUAAUGUUGAGUAGCUCUGCUAGAUUUGAGUAAAUGAAAGGUUCGAUGCACAUUUUCCCAUUUUCCCACCUGCCCAAUCGUAAGGAAACUUGAAACAAUGCUGAUGUGAUGAUCUUUCAAGAGAUUAUUGCUCUGAUUAAUGAUGCCUCCUAAUAUGUAAACCAUUAAUGUUUUAGAAACACUUACAAACUCAACUUUGUUACAGCACAGCAAAGGAACAGCUUUGUGUAAGUUCGCCGCCGCUUUGUCCUCCUUUUUUUUCUUUUGUAGUUUUUGCAAGGUAUGGUUGCUUGCCUACAAGGAAGUUGUACAGUUUCACGUUGUUCGUGGAAGUGACCCGUACUUUCAUUUAAAUUUGAAGCAUCAUUGCAGUGUUUCAAUUUCCAUUCCUCAUAUCCAUUUUCAUUGUUCUGUUACAUUUUGGUAGUAAUUACAUGGUAUUUUUUAUCGUGUGUUGUGUAAGCAACCAUGGUUUGUGCGUGUAUGUUAUUUAUUGCUGGCAUUCGAGGGCCCGUCUUCACUUGACGCCCGUUGUUUACGAGGUAAACAUAUUGUUAUGUAAAAAAUGGCCGCCAGAAUUAGUGUGUGAUAAAUGACUCUAGUCUCCAUUGUGUUUGAGAUACCCUUGUCAUAGAGGAAAACCCAGCGGUAUUACGAGUGAUCACACUUGCGCUAAACGAGCCAUGCUUUGUUGCUAUACUAAAAAGGAAGCGCCAUGCUGUCAGUCGCCGUAGGACAUGCUCCGCCUCUGACAACAAAUAGCGGCUGUUGUUGCUGAACCUUUCUUCUGGAAUGCGCGGUCCGUCUAGAAGCAAUCGAGCUGGUUACCAGAAGCUGGUACAUAUGCCGCCACCAAGGCAAUUCUGCCGCCUUGCAAACAAGGUUCUGCAUAGGACGGUUUUUUUCUCGCAAAUGAUGUCGUUGAGUAGUUUUUCCUUGAAUGCGGAAGCGAGUGUGACAAGGGUAUUGGUUUUUCAACCUUUACGACUGUGGUCGCGUUUUGUUUUGGAUGUCAUUUUUGCAUGUUUUCUGUUAAUUGUCAAUAAAGUUCCAACGAUGUUUUAAUAUGC